AUGAGAUCUCUCAUCCUUCUAGCCCUUGUUGGGCUCAUUUCGGCCGCUGUCCAUCAGCAAAAAUUGGUUUGGAAAGAAUCCGAUCGUAUUAAAAUGAUCCGAAAUGGACAAUGGAGUGCCUAUUUGGAACACAAAAGAGAAAUGAGAGCUGUUGCUCCAAAUGUGUUCGGAUCAUUGACACAAAAUGUUAACGAUUUCGAAGAUUUGGAAUAUUUAGGAAACAUCACCAUCGGAACCCCAGAUCAACAAUUCGUUGUUGUUUUGGAUACCGGAUCAUCAAACUUGUGGGUUCCAGGACCAUCAUGUAAGACUUAUUGCUCGGCCAAGCAUAAGUAUCAAUCUGGACAAUCAAGCACAUAUGUUAAGAACGGACAAAGUUGGACAAUCCAAUAUGGAUCUGGAGAUGCUUCGGGUAUUCUUGCUCAAGAUACAGUUAAAGUAAGAACAGUUAGAUUGAGAAUUAUUUUCACAGUUUGAAAUUUAUUUCAGUUCGGAGCUACCGGAGGAAGCCAACUCGCUGUUCCAAAAACAACAUUCGGAGUUGCCAGCCACAUUUCUUCCGACUUCAAAAACGACGCCACCGAUGGUAUUCUUGGACUCGCUUUCACUUCUCUUGCUGUCGACGGUGUUGUACCUCCACUCAUCAAUGCUAUCAACCAAGGACUUCUUGAUCAACCAAUCUUCACCGUCUGGCUUGAACACAGAGGUUUCCUUGACAACGUUGCUGGAGGAGUUUUCACUUAUGGUGCUUUGGAUGCAACCAACUGUGGACCAAUCAUUGCUUAUCAACCACUCUCAUCUGCCACUUAUUAUCAAUUCAAAGUAGCUGGAUUCGCUUUGGGAACUUAUUCACAUGCUAAAUCUGCUGAAGUUAUCUCCGAUACUGGUACCUCAUUCCUCGGAGGACCAACCAGUGUUGUCGCUGGAUUGGCCAAGGCUGCCGGAGCUACAGUAAGUCUUUUCAAUGAAAUGAAUGUUCUCUAAUGUGAAUUUUCAGUACCACGCUGCCGAUGAGACCUACUACAUUGACUGUAAUGCCACUCCAUCUCCACUUCAAAUCACAAUUGGAUCAAACGUUUAUUCAAUUCAAGCCGUUAACUUGAUUGUUCCAAUUUCAAAGACCAAAUGUGCCUUCGCUGCUUUCCCAUUCGAUUUUGGAGGUUUCGGACCAUCUUGGAUUCUUGGAGAUCCAUUCAUUCGUCAAUAUUGUAAUACUUAUGAUAUUGGAAACAAGAGAAUGGGAUUCUCUCAAUCACUUCAAAAAUAA